CCCAAGCCACAUGCCAAUGAAUUCUCACGUUUUUCUUAUUGACUUGGUAACAAAAUAAAAGCCAUAUCCUUCACCAUCAUUUAUCUCUUUCAUUUGUACAAUUAUUCAUAGGCUCUUCGAAAGAAACUUUGUUUGAGUUUGGAGAGGAAACAUGGAGAGCCAUUUGAUUUUGGUGAUAUUAAGUGUGGCUGUAAUGAUAUCGGAGAUUAGCCUCAUGACUCAUGCAGCUGUUCCAAAGACUAUUAUGAAGCAUAUUGGUAGAGUAAACAAAAAUGGCCCUUAUUUGGGCAUAGUGGUGCCUAAUGCUUUUGAAAUGGAUCCUCUUCUUCAAUCUCCAAGCUUGGUGGUCGAUCAUGAUCUUCCUUACUUUGAUUUUUGUCAAAUCUUCAUAUAUUAUACUUUUGUGUACACAAAAAGAUGAUAAUUGAUAUUUGUCACUGUUUUACUUUUCUUUUUUUCUUUUUUCUUUUUUUUUAUUUUAUAGGUCGAUGGUUUCGAUUUGGACGUAUAAGAGGCAAGAAAGUUAUAAUUGUAAUGACAGGACUAAGCAUGCUUAAUGCAGGAACAACCACAGAAUUGCUUCUAACUCUGUUUAGAGUAAAAGGAGUGAUUCAUUAUGGAAUAGCAGGAAACGCAGAUCCUCAGCUUGAAAUUGGGGAUGUAACAAUUCCUCGAUAUUGGGCUCAUACAGGCCUAUGGAAUUGGCAGCGGAUCGGAGAUGGACCAGAUGACGAACUUGCAUUAGAAUCCAAUGGAGAUUACACAAGAAAAAUUGGUUUCCUGAAAUUUUCCAACUUCAGUACAGUUGAUACAAAGACAGAAACAUCUGUAGACAACCUUUUGAACAAUGUGUGGUACCAACCAGAAGAGAUCUUCCCUGUGGAUGGAACUCCUGAAAUCAGACAGCAUGUUUUUUGGAUUCCCGUGGACAAACACUACUUUUCAUUAGCCAAGAAACUUGAGGGAUUGAAGUUGGAAAGGUGUCUGAAUUCAACAAAUUGCUUGCCAAGAGCUCCUAUUGCAGUGAGAGUGCAAAGAAGUGUCAGUGCUAAUGUGUUUGUUGACAAUAAAGCUUACAGAGAGUUCCUGCAAUCAACAUUCAACGUGACCUCCAUUGACAUGGAAACUGCAGCUGUGGCACUCGUUUGUCUUCGACAAAAGAUACCCUUCAUUGCAAUUAGAUCGUUGUCUGAUUUGGCUGGUGGAGGCUCUGCUUUGUCCAAUGAGGCUGCAACCUUUGCCGUAUUAGCAUCCCAAAACGCUGCCACUGCUCUUGUUAAAUUCAUUAGUUUACUGUAAUAAAGCCGAAAGAUACCUGCAGUUUCUGCAACGACAAUCUAAGAAGCACUGACACUUUGGUUUGGAUAGCUUGUCCGUGUCCGACACGUGUCUAACACUUGAACACUCUGACACUUGGUGGACACCUAUUGGAUGCUUGUUAGUGCAACAAAUGUAUUAGACAUGGCAUAGAACACUCGUUGAAUAGACUAAAAAGACACAUAUAUCACAAUAAUAAUAACUUUUAAGCAUGAAAUAUAUCAAACUAAGUCUUUUAAACA